GCCGGACCGUUCCAAUCCCCGCCGGAGUGGAAACACGGGGGGAGGCAGAGAGUCCUCUGUUUUUCUCCCUUUCCCGUUUUUUUUUUACCUCGUUGUGCUUUGCUUUUUUAUUUCACCCAUGCUUCUCUGUCUUUCUCUCUCUCUCUCUUUUUCUAUUCUUUCCCCUUUUCAGUGCACAACUUUUCCUUUUUUCCCUUUCACCCUCUUUUCCGCUCCGUUUGAAGGCUCUUAUUAAAACCCGGUCCAUUUGGCUCACAGCUCUAGUUUAUUUAUUUAUUUAUUUAUUUAUUGUUUCGCUCACACACACACACACACACACAUAUAUGUUAUAUAUAUUUAUAUAUAGCUACAUAUAUGUGCACCCGAGAACACCAGUCGUUAUCGUUUGUCUGUUUUAAGCUGUGCCCCAAAUGAGAAGACGCAAACGAUGGAACUGCACAUUUUGGAGCACAGCCUGAAAGUAGCCAGUAUAGCAAAAGAAGGCAUCCAGAUUUGCACUCACGGAUUAAUUAAACUCGCUUUCCUGCCCUCAAAAACAAGAUGCAAGUUCUUCAGUUUGACCGAAACCCCAGAGGAUUACACCAUCAUAGUCGAUGAAGAUGGCUUUAAAGAACUGCCCGAGUCGGAGUAUCUCAGUGUAGCGGAUGCGACAUGGUUAGCUCUCAACGUGGUUUCAGGAGGCGGCAGCGCCACCAGCUCUCAACCGAUCGGCGUGACCAAAAUCGCCAAGUCCGUCAUCGCCCCCCUGGCUGACCACAACAUCUCGGUCUUCAUGCUAUCCACCUACCAAACCGACUUCAUUCUGGUCAGAGAGCGGGAUCUCCCCAUGGUCAUGCACACACUGUCCUCCGAGUUCACCCUUCUCAGGGUAGUCAAUGGAGAGACGGUAGCUGCCAACUGCUCCGGAGUCACCAACGGUUUUGUCAAGCCUAAACUUGUCCCUCGACCCAUCAUUCACCCUCUCUCCAGUCCCAGUAACAUGUUCUGCGUGACGAGUCUGGACCCAGACACACUGCCCUCUGUAGCCACCCUGCUCAUGGACGUCAUGUUCUACUCAGGAGGAGGGAAGGAAGCAGGAGCGCAGAACGAGGAUUCAGGACACAUCCGGUUCUUCUCCUUCUCCCUGAUCGAGGGUUACAUCUCCCUGGUUAUGGAUGAGCAGACCACCCGAAGGUUCCCCAACAACGUCCUCUUCACCAGCGCUUCAGGAGAGCUGUGGAAAAUGGUUCGCAUCGGAGGACAGCCUUUAGGAUUUGACGAAUGUGGCAUUGUGGCCCAAAUAUCUGAACCUUUGGCGACAGCUGACAUUCCAGCCUACUACAUCAGCACCUUCAAGUUUGACCAUGCUCUGGUUCCAGAGGAGAACAUCCAGAGUGUGAUCGGAGCCUUGAGGACCAACGAGAGCACAGGACAGUGAGCUCGGACACGAGCCUCUCUGAGUCCCUGCUAGAUUAUCAUUUUCAAAAGUGCCAAGAGCUUUUUGAAGACUGUGGGGGUGGGGGGGUGGGGGGUAGUAACCAGAGCCAGGGGUGAGAAUGAAAGGUGUGAGUGUGUGUUUGAGAGAGAGAGAGAGAGAGAGAGAGAGAGAGAGAGAGAGAUGGAUUGCUUUAGUUGCACUCUCCCACUUUCAUUAGGCUGAUUGUGCCAACACCUGUCCCUCGUCCUCCAGCCCUACAGUGCACCCUUUUCUACAGGGACCCUCAGCUUGUGUGACUGCAGUGUUAGAUUUUUCUCCUUUUUUCCACUUCUGCAUUAUUGCCCCCCCUCACACACACACACACCCCUCCCUUCUUUUUUUUUCUUUUGUCAACUUUCUUUUUCUCCAGACCGCAUUUCACCAUGACAACAAGGCCUACUAAGACGUGGGUUGUUGUUUUUUUUUUCGACCCCCUAUCCCUCCCUACUAAGACUAUCUUCGAUUCACUGCAAAUAACCACAAUGUAUUAGUAACCGGUCUUCUUUUAACAGAAGGCCAAGAAUGAGAAUGUAUGCCACGAACGUUUUAGUGUAAAGGUCUGUUUCAUUGACCAUCCGGCUUCUCUUACUGUGCCAAGUCACUUUAGGCCUAAACUGACUCCUCAAGUGUGAUUGAUUUGAUUUUUUUUUUUGGCGUGUAGUUUGAAAGCCUAUUGUUUUAAAUAUGAAAUAUACAUAUGGAUGUGAUCACAAGUUCAAUUUCAAAUCAACACACACGAAGUUCUGUUUGUGAAACCGGUUUUGUUUUCCCAUUUGCCCCUGUUUCACCUACACCCCAUGUUCUUGUUUUCGAUGCCAAGUCACUGAGUUAUGAAUAAGUUAUUGUUUUGUUUUUUUUGCUUGUAUCCAAACUACAAUCAAUGGGUUUCUGUGCUCCGGCUCCCGAGUCGGCGUCAGUCCGAGGUGGAGAUUUUAUCAGGUUGGAAUCGAACACAUCACCCUGCUCUUGUUCUUUUUCUGAAUGGAGUUUAUAAAAAAAAAAAGUGCAAUUUACUGUACACUAUAUAUUUCCCCCCCCUUUCACACGUGAAGCCGUCUCAGGUUUUCGAAACGGCAUGCAAUACUUUUUAGCUACUUUUAGUUUUUAACUAAAAAAAAAACUAAACCCCCCCCUCCCCCCAAACGACAAGACCUGAGGAAUUACGGUCCUUCAUUGAAUGUUAGUCGGGGGUCUAAGUGUUAAGGACACUGGUGUUUAGUUUAGGCCUUCAGCUCGCUCACCCAGUCUGCACUUUAUUUAAGGUCUAUCCUAAAGAUCUUACUGUUCUUACUGAUGUGAAAAAAAGUGGGGAAGAAUAAUUACUUCGGAAGGAAUCUGUUUUUAAAGGGGUCACGUAUGUUGGUCGUAACACACAGAUUGGAAUUUUUUUGUUUCCCCACUGGCUUUUUCUUUUUUUUCCUGUUAGAUCUGAUUAGCAGAAACCAUGUAUUUAUCAGUGUUAAUAAGUAAAUAAAAGGGUGACCCAUUUCUUCUCUGACCAUUAAAGAAAAGAAAAAACAACUUCUCAAGUAUUGUAGUGUUUCUCUGAUAAAUUGUCCUGGCCUGCUUUUUUUUUUUUUUUUUCUUCCCCUUUCUGCUCAAGCUUUUCUUUUUUUUUUCUUUUUUCUUUUUUUAUUUCCAUGGAGUUGCCAUAGAAAUGAAUGAGCGCUUGCCAACUGCAGGAUUCGUGUCACACUGGUUCGUUUCUCCUAAAUUCACAACCACCAGCAAUCUAUCAGGAAGACUGCCAUGGCCUGAUCCAGUACAGACCUCCAUCCUGAUGAGCUCAAAAGUUUAUUUCGAUGAAAGUCGCUUUUAUGCCUCUUUCAUGAGGGAAUUUAAAAAGCAUGUUUUUUCACUCUGCAUUAGUAUGUCUAUGGUUCGGUUGUGUUUGCGUGAGGAAAUGGGCUGGAGCCACGUUGUCCCGUAAUCAGAGGCGGUGCAGCAUAUAGAACCACUUUGCUCAUUUAGUAUACGAGGUUUCUUCUGCUCGCCGUCUGCAGCUUUCUCCAUAUCCCCUGUUUUUCACUCGGUGAGCAUAUACAGGCAGCAAAAUGCACUUCCUUUUGUGCUGAAUAGUUUACAUUAAGCUUUAAAAACACUAAUAUGUGCUUUCAUCUUCUAGCUUUAUUAACAGUGCUGUUCUGUUGAUCUUAUCUGCAUUUCCUUUACAACAAAACAGCAAGGAUUUAAAUUCUGAUCCUUUUAGGCUGAGCUUUAAGGCAGGGUGCUUUAGAGAUGUACAUCAAUGUUUAUCACUGAUUUAUCGUAUUAGAACUUUUUAAACGCACUGAAUUUAUUCAUGCAUCAAAUCAAAUAUGCAGAUUAGCGUUUAAAAUUUUUUAUAUUUGUCACUGAAGAUGUUCUUAAGACUUGGAAGAAAAGUCGGCAGAGUUUUGUAAAAUCUUUUCCUGAUUGUUUAGCGUUUAAUCCAGAACAUUCUAUGGACUAUUACUGAAAUAAUACAAAUGUCAUUCCAUUUUCAGUAUGAAUUCGAAUUUAAAUGCAACAUUUAAGAAGCUUUUGGGAAAUUUCUCUGUAAUUGGACGGCUAGUUUUUAAAAGAAUAAAGAUUCGAUUUAAACGUUUGUUUUAAGUUCGAACUGAUACGUGUUCUGAUAUCUUUUAAAAAUAAAAUACAGAAAGGCUACGAUUUAUGUGCGGCAUUACUGGAUAAUGCUGUUUAACAGUUCUUAACAUCUUCAAUGCUACUACUUCUUGGGAAUCAAGUUGUGCUGUGCGCUGAGGCUGGAGUUGGGUGAUACCAACUUGUGCAUUAAGGGAGGGGGGGUUUGAAUUCUCAUCUGAUUUAUAAUGAUAAACUCCAUUAAUUUGGAAGACUGAUACUGUUAGAAAGUAAAUGACUUCUACGUCUGUUUCAGUCAAUCAGGUUAGAACUAUCAUAGGGUAUUUAAUUGCUAGCUAUUUAAUUACCCCCUUUAAAUCUCCCUCCCCUCAUCUCCCUUCCCUCGACCCAAAUCCGCUGAGGUAAAAGUACCUCAUGUGUCAGAGAAUGUGACAGUUGCUAGUGGACAAAAACAGUGAAUAAAACAAUUUAUUGUUGGUUUUUUAUUCAUUCCUUUUUUUUAUUGUACAGUUUAAAAGAAAAUGUAGUUAUUCAGGGUUAAAUUUUUAAAUUAAUGUUAUUAAGGAACUUUGCUAUAAAUGUGUUUAACAAAUCUCUUUUUUCUUUCAGUGUUCCUAACUAGCGUGAGGCGUUCAAUAAAGUAGCCUCUUUGUUUUGAUUGGCUGAAUAUAUUUUUACUUUUUUCCAAUCCCGCACUAGGUUAAGACAAUUUUUUUUGCAGAACAGACUUGAGUCAUUGUACAGCGAAGCCAAGCAGAACAGAUGUUGGGUUUCUCGGUGCUGACGCAAGAGACUUGAGUCACUCACAUAAUGUUAAAGGAUCAUCACAUUUUCAUUUUUUAAAUGGCUCACUCCAAAAAAUACAAUAAUAAAGUGUCUUAA